CAUCAAAGGCAGUAGAUAUGCUUCUGGAUUCCAAAUGGGCAACUGGCAAAGGCAAAGAAGAAUUAUUAUUUACGACACGACAGUCCUGCGUUGAUUAUCUUGACAGGUUACUGCAGAAGCAGCUGUUCCACCGUGCUCACAAGGUUGUCAAAAGGAAACCCGGUGAGAGAGACGUGAAGAGGAAAAAGAAAGAUGCAAAGGAAGAGGGCAAAAAGGACAAGGCCACCAAAGAAGAUGAGGACGACACCAAGGAGACCAUAGAGAAAGAGCGGCCAAAAGAGGAGAAAGAGAGCGAGGCAGAGAAAAAGGAUGGUGAAGGAACACCGAAGAAGAAGGAGAAGAAGAAAGUCAAGCUGGAGAUGCAUGACCAGCAGGUCUUUCUAGAUGGCAAGGAUGUAUACGUCUGGAUAUACGACCCGGUUCCGCCUAAAACAUUUAUCAUGGGAUUGCUUAUAGUGCUUGGUGCCAUUGCUGUGUGCUUGUUCCCUCUGUGGCCACCCGAGGUCAGGCUGGGCGUUUACUAUCUGAGCAUCUUAGCAGCCAGUUUCGUUGGUUCCAUCAUUGCGUUGGCCAUAUUCCGCGUCGCUCUCUUCGGGUUCGUCUGGCUGGUGACGCUUGGACGCCACUACUUCUGGCUGUUCCCGAACCUCCUGGAGGAUGUCGGAUUCUUCGACUCCUUCAAGCCCUUCUACCACUACGAGUACAGACCGCCGGGCGCGGACAAACGCGAGGCGGUUAUCGCCGGCGAGGAGAAGAGCGAGGAGGUGGCCGCACCGGUUGCCGCCGGCGACGACGACGACGAUGAAGCAGAACGCGACGGCGGCGGUUCCGGGAGCGAGCGAGCGAGCGGCAGCGAUAGACAGAGCGACGAAGACAGGCAGCAUAGCGGGGAGGAGGACGGAGGCGGGAGGGAUCAGGAGAACGGGUUCGAAGUGAUAGACAAGGACGAUUUCGAUCAGUCUCAGACGGCGUCGGAGAGCGAGCCGUGACGCAGGGUUGGGCUGGGGGUGCGUAUAUCGGGGAAGUAUUAUUUUUUGACACUGGGGAACAAUACUUAUAAAUUUGGUAUGGAGUGUAAUUACCUAGACUUUUAUCUGUACCAGCAAGCUUAUGCUUUGCAUAAAUUAUGUUUCGCCUCUUUCGACGUAUGGAGAAAGUAUGUGAUGUGUAAUUUAUCUGUACUAGAAUAAUAUUUGUAUGAUAUUUCGAAAAGGGAGAAGUGUUAUCUAAUGGGAUUUAAUUUCGGUGACAGGUCUCCAAAUGCUGAACCAAUUCUAACCAGUUAGUUGGUGAGCCAAAACAGUAUAAUGUAAAUUUCAUGUAAAUGUAUGCAAGCAUAUAUAUAUAUGGUUAGCAAUGCUAUUGUCUUAUUUUAGUGACUGAUAUGUAACAGCAGUCUUGUUGCUAUGUUAUAAGUAGAUUGUAUCGGUUCUUCAUUGUACUUAUUUAUCGAACACAUAGGUUUAUUGAUACGAUAUGAAGUUGCAUAUAUAUUAUAUAUAUUCACUAUAUUAUGACGUUAAUUAAUAAACAAUGCUGCUUCACAA